UGCAGCCGACGAGAGAAGCAUUUCGUUCGCAUGCGUUCUCGCAGAUUGUUCUCGUCGAGUAGUAAAUCAGAAGAGUGUGUGAUUCAAUCGACGUAGGCGCGGAGUUUACUAUCCAUCUGAAAAAAAAAAACGCAGUGCUAUUUACAUUCAAGUUUAUUCUCUGUUCCCCGACUCGUCUACAGGUUCCCCGAGUUGAGCUCAAGCUUUCCCGUUGUUUCCAACUCCGGAUAAGGGACGAAUAAUCAUUUCGGACGUCAAAAUGGCAACGGAAGACCAAAACACCGAGCCCCAACCUGCGGUGGCAGCGGAACAACCUCCAGCGGAAGACAAACCUAAAGAAGUUACCAAACGAUCGAUCCGCCUGGAAACCUGGCAGAAGAUAAAGGACCAAAAGCUAACACCUCUGCGUCGGUUCUCGGUGUUCAACAAGAUUCCCAACUAUAUUGGAGCUGAAAAGGCAGCCGAACUGCUGGCCGACACCGACGAGUUCAAAAAAGCCAAAUCCAUCAAGGUCAACAUCGAUUUGGCCCAGGAACCCGUCAAGCUCGAAGUCGUCAAGGCCAAAAAGACCCUGUUCGUCCCGCCUGCACAGAAAUCUCCGAAUGUGUACGCCAAGGUCAAGAACUGCAAUCCGGACGAGCUGGAUGUGGCCACGCAAAAAAAGAUUGUCAAACUGCAAGGCGCGGAGGACACGUUCCAGGAGAUUGAUAUGCAUGGAAUUGAGAAGCUAGACAUGGUCGUGGUAGGUUCGUGUGCAGUUUCGCGACAGGGUCACCGUAUCGGCAAGGGCAACGGCUACGUCGAUUUGGACGUCGGCAUUCUGAUCCACCUGGGUGUGAUCACCAAGGACACACUGAUCGUGACCACCGUACACGACGUGCAGGUGUACGACACACUGCCGGAGAAUCUGUUCCAGAGCUACGACCUGCCGCUGGAUCUGAUCGUCACACCGACCGAGGUUAUCCGCGUGAGCAAACGACUGGCGCGUCCCGCUGGCAUCGAGUGGAAGUUGCUGUCCUCACGCAGGCUGGAAAUCGUACCGGUGCUAAAGUGCAUCAAGGAGUUUGAAGAGAAGUCCGGCAAAGAGAUCGAACUAAAGGAGGAAGACACCGAUGUGGAGAGUUACCAGCAGAAGUCGCGCCAGAACAAGCGUUCGUUCCGCCGUAAUCAGUCAGCGCAGAGACGGCGCCGGCGAUCGGACAGACGAGCAAGUGAGAAACAGCAAAAUGGGGACGGUGACAGUCACGACGAGGGAGGCGAGAAAACCGACGGCGAAGCGGCCGAAGGUGGCAAACAGGGAGGUGGCCGUCCACCGCGGAAGAAUCGUUAUCGCCGGAACACUCGUAGGUCCACGAACAAGGACACGGGAGAAUCCGCCGCGGAGAAGUCGGAGGGUGAAGAAAAGGCUGGUGGUGAUAAGGAGGCUGGAGAUGGUGAUGGCAAGAAGACCGGUCGCGAUCGCCGUCGCCGGGAGCGAAACUCCAAGAGCGACAAGAAAGGACGAGUGGAACGUGACCUGUGCAUUCGGGUUACGAACAUUACCCGCUCGAUGCGAAUCAAGGACCUGAAGCAAGAGCUGCGAACCCGAGAUUGCAAUCCGAUCUUCAUUACAUGGAACGGUUACCACGGUAAGUGUUAUCUGCAUUUCCCCAAGAAGCCAGAUCAGGCCGAUGAAGAGGUUGGUGCGGAACUACUUAAGCAGUUGGAGGAUCUGACCCUGACUGUGACACCCCGCGAAAAGGAAGGCGGUGAACCGAAGCCGGUGACCCUGAAAUGCGAGAUCAUGAAGCGGAAAGAGGGCGGCGACGGAGAUGCGGAACCGGCCACCAACGGAACCGUUCUGGAGGGAAGCCGAAUCGAAACGACCGACGUGACCGCUGUCUAAUCGGUCGAACACGAAACAACCAAGAUGUGAAGCGCGUACAGAGUGCAAAAAAUCGGAAAGAACCGACUCUUGGAGCUGCGUCCCCAAAGCGGUAAUUCGUCGUAGCCAACGUAAUCCAAAAUCUCUUUGUCGUCCACUGUUCCCCUAACAACCAGAAUUGAAUGUUUUCUCAAGAUGAAUGAUUAUUGGAAGGAGAGAAAAUCUGCUACUGCCACCGCUUUUUGCCUUGUGGGAAGCGAUCGAGUUACGAUUGAGUUCUUAUCCAGUUUAGAAACGAAACGACGGUAUGCACUACCUACCGUUGUUGCUGCACUUUCCUGCCUUUCCGGUUCACCUUUCUCCGCCGCGUCGUCGGUCGGGACGGGGGUCUGGAAGUUGCGCCGCAGGAAACAACGCAGAUGAUGUGCGUCGAGUUUACUACACGACACGACACGCGACAGACAGACAGAUGCUCUUCCGUUUCCUCCACCCAACAACCAACGCCACGCUCGUCGUGAAGCUUUUGCUGGACUUUUGCUUUACAAUUCGGCGAAGCGUGUAUUCUUUUUACCUGAUGUUCGGGGGAGGAGAAGAUGCAACAGACGUAUAUGUUGUUAAAUUAUUAUUAUUUUUGUUACUAACGCUUAAGAGAGACAAGAGAUUAUUUACCACAUUAACGAUUGUGAAUUGAUAGAAGCCUUCACCUUCCAAUAUCUCUGAAGAGACGUGAAGAAUUUCCAUUAGUUCGUGUGAAAAUUUGUACGUAGGAGAAAAGCGAAAGCCGAUGGUACGUCGAAAAUCCGAUUUUUGCCUUUCUAAGCGACAGAACGAAGAACAAGAAACGUUAGAAAAACGAUCGUGAAUUUGAAUAUGAAUGUAUGUGCGCCGUAAAUGAAAUGAAUUACAAACAUUGUGGGAACCAAAACCAAUGACGAAGAAACACUAGUGGAAAAACAAGCAAUUCUUUUUCCUGCUUAAGACGAAGAAAACAAGUUGAAAACAUAUGUUUGAAUUAUGUAAUAGCGAAAAUAACACACAGAAACAAACACACACGAAAAUGUUGUAACACAAAUGGACAAAUUUGAAAGGGAUUAACAAAUGAAGUAUAAUAUAUUUAGAAACGCUGCUAAAAGAAACUGGAAGAGACGUAAGAAGCUAGAAUGUAGGUAAGAAUCGAAGCAAUGAAAUCAACAUUUUGUAUGUCGAAAGGAAUCGAUGGUCAAUAAAAAAAAACCAAUCGUGUAAUACAUGUUUAAAGGGACACACACCCGAAAGAAGACAAGUUUAGAAGUGUAAACGCCUAUUUAUAUAAUAUUCAUUUAUGAUGUUGAUGGAAAAAUGGGAUUUUCUUCUUUGCUUCUAAAAAUAUGAAUAGAGAGAAAAAAAUGGUUGAUUCGCGGACGGCAAACAAAGCGCGCAAUGUCAUGGUCUCAUGUUUUGUACACACUAAACAUAAACCAUCGAAUUUGAUGUCACAACUUCAAAGGACAUCAAACCGAAGUACUGGCACCGAAGUCGAUGAUUUUUUAGUCAGUUGAUUAUUAUUGUUUGUAAUCAAAACAAGUUGACCACCAAUUCAAAAAUUAUCCCCGUAAAAAGCCAGAUUUGUUAAAGGAAAAUUGUGAACCGCAUGCGCGCGCAUGUCCUCGAACGAGAACAACACUAAACGAGGGAGGAGGUAGAUGUAGCACAGAUUGUGAGCCACGCGUGUGUAUAGCAGUUUAGAGUAAGAGAGAGGCGCAGCGCCCAGCCAGUUUGGAACUCUGAUCCGAUGGUGGAGAUGAAUUUUUCCUAGCAGAGAUAAAAGAAGAAGUCGAAGAAAAUCACGAAUGCUUACCUUUAUAUGCAGUGAAUCAACUUGUUAGAACGAGGAAAAAAAGAGAGGCGAUUAGACAUUGAGGAGGGUACAUUGUAAUAAUUAUAGUUUAUGGUUGAAGAUUAAGCGAGGAAACGGGCUGAUUGUGGUAAGCUUUAGCAGCAUAUGGGAAACGUUUAGAGGAAUGGAUGAUCUGUAGACAAAGGAACACGUGAGGUGCUGUGUUAGGAAAUUCAGAGAAUUUAUCAAACACUAGAAAACAUGACUGGUCGAACAUAUACGCGGCUUUCUGUUUUCAUAUGACUGUCAACCAAUUUACGGUUUCCGAUUGAAUGUCGAGAUGAAUAUUCAACAACUUCAUCGAAACAUAAAUUCAAAGACCCUGAAAGAGGUUUGAUUCUGCCUUUCAUAGGCGGCCCUAUUGUUCACUUUCAUAAUUUGGUCACUACGCGGCGCUAGUGUUCAAACCUUUCUGUGCUCCGUUUCGGGAUCUGUGAAAGUGUUUGCGAGUCGCUUAUCUUUAUUUAAUUAUCAGACCCAUAAAAAGGUGUUAUUUCCUUAGAAUCGUAACAGACAAGAUAAAUGUGGCCGGUAACGGAAGUUUUCAUGUCUGUUCAACUUUUUCCUCUAAUUGGAUAAUUGUUCAUUACCAAGUACGUAGCUUUCCAUUAACAAUCGGAACCCGAGUGAUAAAGUCGACGGCUUUCUAUAUCCAAUUCCUGGAAGAAUACCUACUUAAUUCAAAGUAUCUUGGAAAGUUUAAUUUUUGUGAACACUUCUGAGUGUUAACUUCUUAUUUGGUGAACUCUGAGUACCUCUCGAUGCCCUCACAGUCGAAAAUAAUUAAGUACAAUGUAGAAUGGUCAUCCAUUUCUCUAUUCCAGUCAAGCCCGUCAUUCCUUAGGUUCUAGGAUUAAGAUAUCGGAGUCGAUCACCAAGUGCCCGUAAAGGUUGAGCACACGUUCGUUACUAUUAUUCGCGGAAUAUGACCAUAUGUCUGUUCCCCAGGAAUGCAAAACAAAGUAUGAAACGAAGAACGCUGCUCGAUCUUCAGGACCACGCAUAAGUAAACCAGAUCGACUCCCAGCAUCCAUUUUACCUAUCAAUUAAUUCACCUUAACAUUUGAGAGCAGCCACAGUGAAUGUUUUUGUGACGUCCCCCCCAUUUAGCAGCUGAAAAUUGGGAUCACAAAAAGCAUGCUUAUUGUUGUUGUUGAGCAGUCCGUUUCACUAACCAAACCCCAACAGCUACACGAGAACAAAGUAUCCGGUAGCUGUUUCGGGGAAUUUCGUUGCACUAAUAAAAGAAAAACGUCGAUGGCAAAACAAACAAAAUCAACGCAAUAACGGAGCUUGGUCAUGCUAUCAACCUAUUACUCUUCAGAUACUUUGAUAUUAUAAAGAACAGAAACGCUAACUAACGGUUUUCUUCAUAACAAGAUUAUAAGGUAGCUCAGUAAGAGAAAAUUCAGCUAAGAAUACAACGACGACGACGACAAGAAGCCGAAAGAAUGGUCAUCAGAGUGUAAACGUUUGUAGAAUUAUUGCGCUAAGCACUCACACUCACAUGCACAUAAAUAGAACACACACACAAAUAAUGCAUGGUGUUGAAACAAGCAAAGAAAGUACACACACAAGUAAUAAACGGUUAAAGUGUAGGUUUUAAGACUUAUUUACACCUCAAAGCAAAGUAUAAGAAAGGAGGACAACUCGGGAAGACAUUUUUCUUGUGUUCGCAGCAGCGAAAGUGAUGUGGUUCCAAGUCAAAAUACAGUUCAAAAAAAAAAACGUUGGAAAAAUGUCCUUCCGAAGUGGCCCGUGUAGAAGCAUAAGAUGAUGUAUUGGAUGUUAGCAUUUUCUUUUAACAAAAAUACCAACAAAAUUGAUUUCAUAUACAUAGUAGUAGUACAAUCUGGAUUGAUGGUGUACCUCACGCAGAGAGCAAGUUACGAAAGCAUCGUUUUUUCCACGGUUUACAAACGUAGAUUUUUGAUUUAGAAAAACAAUUCGAUAUUUGUUGAAACAACUAUCCGAUGGUUGUUUCAACUAAAAGUGCUGUUGUUUCAACUUCAAUUAUUCUAAGAACAGCGACAAAAUGUUCUUUAAUCAUGAACUUUCGAAAAACAAUCGCUGCAAAAUGUUUUCCUCUGCGUGUUGACAUCAUCAGUUAAAUUCUUUUCGUUGAUUAGAACAAAAUCAUAAAAACGCAGUUUUUUUUGUUACAUUUCUUGUAGUCCACAUUCGGGACGAAACAGGAACUUGAAAUUGAUUUUUAACCCAACAUACAAAAGAACAUGCAUCCAUUUAGUAUCCUAGGGACAUAAUUUGGUACAAGCGCAAACUACGCGAAUAGUGCAGAAGCCGCCACCGUGCAAGAAGAAAAUACACAAAUGAAUAUUAUUUUGUGGACAAGAAAAAAUUAGGCCGUAAAAGAUGGGUUCAUACACCAGGGAGAGAAACGAUGUUGACUUGAGUUUCACAGAUUCCGGUUUGAUAGCAAUUCCUUCUUUCAAUGCUGUUUAUUCCGCCGAAAGAGAGAGAGAGGCGAAAAAAAACGAAACAACUGUUCAGCCAGGAAAAAGAAUUAAAAACUACCGCAGGUAGUUUCCCAAAUCCCGAAAGAACGAAAGAAAAUUCAAGAGCACAUUCAGAACGUCACGUUGACCAACUACGACAAACUUGAAACGCCGAUGGUACAGAUAAGAUGGAAAGAAGCGAACGAGAAUAUUGGAGGCUCGUUGGAAGCGAGUGGAACAAAACGAAAAUUAAAAACACGAAGACUCGAAACUCACAACAAAAAAAAAACAAGAACAAACAAUAACAAAAAACAACAACACAAAGAAAAACAACGCCCAGGGAUUAAACAUUAAAAAAAAAACGAAAGAAGCAACCAACACUCAAAACAAAACCUCUAUUAUGCAAUGACGUAGAAGAAGUGUUUAACCAUAAAUAAGCGAAAAACAAAAAGAAACAAACAAAAAACGGCAAGCGAAAUAAAAUCUAACAGAAAACAAAAACAACACACGACAGUUGGAAAAAAUUUAAUACGAUUCAAACCAAAUCAUCAUUUGUAAGAACUUGAACAAUAACAACUUUUUUGAAUAAAAUAUUUUACGCCUAA